GUGGUUGUGGAAGGCAUGGAAACUUUAUCCUCCGUAUACUUAAAAUGUGGGGUUUCAUGGCCCAAAAACUUUCCAACUAACGCUAAACAAAGUCAGAAAAGCGGGUCAGGUUCAGACUCUGGGCGCCAACACGCACAGGGAAAGCCACCUCUCUACUUCGCCAUAAAAACCCGCGAAACAUCCAAGCAGGGUUCGUUGCAAACGCCGCAUUCCGCUCCUCAGCUUCACAGCGCCAUGGAGGAUGUUAGGGCUACCUCCGCCUGGGUCGCCAGCCGCUCCUCCCACGUCCUCGUCGACUCCGCAGGGAUUGAGAAAGUGGUGAGCACCAUUGAGUCCAUUCCCAAGGUUGAGUGGGAUUUCGAAGGGAUUCACUACUUCGAUAAUGGACCACUCACCGUCCAGUACUUGUUUGUUCUAGACGCUUUAAAUUUUUGCUUCUGGCCUGAUGAGGAUUUGAAUUAUGACGAUUUGGCAUCUGGGUUAAAGGCAGCUCUUCAAAAUGAUAAAUCUGCCUUCGAUGCUGAUCGCCUGCAAAAGUACACCGGUCCACAAUUGCGCGAGCUUUUGAGGUGGCCUAGACCCCUUCCUUUGGAAGAUGAACGAGUUAGGUUACUUCAUGAGGUUGGGAUUGAAUUGGAAAGGAACUUUGAAGGUAAAGCAUCUAAUCUUGUGCAGUGCUGUGGAAAAUCAGCUGUGAAUCUUGUCGCUCUAGUUGCACGCCAUUUUCCUGGUUUUAGAGACCAUACAGUGUACAAGGGACGCCAGGUAUUUUUAUACAAAAGGGCUCAGAUAUUUGCAGCAGAUUUGUGGGGUGCAUUUGGGGGACAAGGAUAUGGUGAGUUUAAAGACAUCGGCUCUCUAACUAUAAUGGCGGACUAUAUUGUCCCAGCUGUGCUUCGGCAGCUUGGUGUUUUAAAAUAUAGUCCAGCACUGACCAGUACUAUCGAGUCCAGUGGAGAAAUAGGUCCAGGGACUGAGGAGGAAGUUGAACUGCGGGCUUGCUCUGUACAUGCGGUGGAGAAAAUGCGUGAGCUUAUAAGUAAAAAGUCAGGAAGACAGGUUCUAAGUGUGGAGCUGGAUCUUUGGCUCUGGGCUGCUGGUGUUCAGUGCACAUCUCUGCAACACCACCGAACACUUUCAAUAUAUUACUGAGCACAUCAUAUAUGGUAAUUUCUAGUUAUUAAAGAAGAAAAUUUUGGCUGUUUUAAGGGUAAUUAUUUAGGAUAGUGUGAAUAACUACCUCCUUUUGAACUUAUGUUUUUGGAUCAGCUUUUGUAAUUUUGCAAGAGAUACGUUGCCUCGUGCCUUCAAAUUUAAUUUUGAAUAGACUUUUUAUU